AUGAAGGAUCAUCAAGCCCACGAUAAGAUCAAGCAUGCUAUCUUCCCAAAGGAUCCCAUGCAGUUCCGUGAGAUGGUCAAUGGUAUGCGGGUAUUCUGCUGUGUAGUGUUUGGGAAAACUCAUCCACUGACAGCCGUGUACAAAAAGUUUGCAAAGAAUGUGGAUUCGGUCGCACAAAAAAUGGGAGUGUCCCAGCAGGAGCGAGCACUCGAGCGAUUUCUCUUCGGAAUCUAUUCCCAAAUUGAUCGUUGCUUUGAGCGUUUGGUAAGAUCCGGCAUGAACGCAGAAGAAAACCUACCCAACUUGGGCACCUACAUGGAGACAUGCUACCAUGGAGGAAGCCUACCAGAGUCAAACUUGUUUGUUGUUGCCAAGGACUCUGUCGGACUUGGUGGCACAGGAGACAAGACUGAGAGUCAGCUGAAGAGAGAGAAGGAAAGGGCCCAGAAGAAGAGCCUGAGCGAAUCAGUAAAAAAUCCUGACAUGAACAAAGAACAUCGCUACACCGGAAGAACUACUACUGAGUUAAUCAAACGGACAGGCGAACAGCCUUCAAAGCACGCAAACGGGAAGGAUUUGUGCCUCAUUUGGCACACAAAGGGCGAAUGCAAGGAGAACUGUGAACAUGAUGCUGCACCAGACAUUGAUAAGCUUCCGCAUCCUGCCGCACCAAUGCUAUACCGAGUAAUGAAAAAUGGGGCUCCUGUGGUGGUUCAUUCGGAGCCAUGGGGCCAGAGCCAACUCGACAUGCAAGUCGCUCGGGGCUGUCACUCAUCAGCAAACGAAUUCAAAGAGUUUCUGAUGGAGGAGUUUUUGGAUUUUGGAAGGAAGGGAUUUUGGAUCCUACUUCCAUAUGACGCCAUCAAGGACGAGAAAGGA